CUACAUUAAGUUCACUACAAAAUAAAUCACCUCUUGCAUAUUUCCUUCACAGAUAUAUACUCGCAAUCAACCGAGAAAUGGCGUACUCAAAGACUAUUCUUCUUUUUAUCUUUGCUGUUCUCCUCAUCACUGCUGAGGUCUCAGCUCAUCGUGACCUAACUGAGACAACUACUCCAACUACUGAUGGCCGAGGAGGGGGAUACAACAGAGGAGGCAAUGGAGGAAAAGGAAGAUUUUCCAAUGAAGAUGGCAGAGGGGGAUACAACAGAGGAGGCAAUGGAGGAAAAGGAGGAGGCAAGGGAGGAAAGGGAGGUAUGGGAGGAAAAGGAGGCAAGGGAGGAAAGGGAGGAAAGGGAGGGGGAGGGCAUGGACCCGAAACCGGGAACUAGAUCGACGAUGAUCCUGCUGCUGCAAAAAUAUUAGGGUGGAAGAAGUAUAUACUAGCUUGUUUGCUAAUCAAUAAAUCUGUAUUGGUUGAGUAGUGGCUCAAUCAUAUCUUUGUAAUUCGAUCCUGGGAACUGGUUAUGUUGUACGUACUAUCUAUAAGACUAUAAUUAAAACCA